GUAACUAAGUCUGACACAAUAUUGAGGUUAUGUUGAUUUAAUCGUGUUUUGAUACGUGACAUUCUUUUGAGAAAAACCCACAAACUGUUACUCGUUUUGCAAAAAUGGGUGAACGCAAAGGCACCAACAAGUACUACCCCCCUGACUAUGACCCCAAAGCCGGGGGGCUCAACAAAUUCCUGGGCACCCAUGCCCUUCGAGAAAGAGCCCGCAAAAUCCACCUCGGCAUCAUCAUCGUCCGUUUUGAGAUGCCCUACAACAUCUGGUGUGAAGGCUGCAACAACCACAUCGGAAUGGGGGUACGCUACAACGCUGAAAAAACCAAGAUCGGAAUGUACUACACCACCCCUUUGUACCAAUUCAAAAUGAAGUGCCACUUGUGUGACAAUCACAUCGUGAUAAAAACGGACCCAGGGAAUUUGGAAUAUGUGAUAGUGUCAGGGGCCCGUCGACAAGAAAACCGGUGGGACCCCACACAAAACGAACAAGUGGUUCCAGAAACCAAAGAAACCCAAAAACGGAUGUUCGAUGAUUCCAUGUUCAAGUUGGAACACGGAUCUGAGGAUAAAAAUAGCUACGAAAGCUCAAAACCACGGUUGAUACAGUUGUUCAACCGGAAUGAAGAGAAGUGGUCGGAUGAUUACAGUGCUAACCAGAGGUUGAGGCAGAUUUUUAGGAAACAAAAUUCUGAAUUGAAACGAUCCGAAUCUCAAGACAGCGCGCUUUUGAAGCGAGUGAGUUUGAGCAUCCCGCUUCUCGCAGAGACCGAAGAAGACAAAAAAAUGGCGUCUUUGUUAAGUCAGAAGUUGAAACCUAUGAAGAGUGUCGGUGAAAACAGAGAUUUGGUGAGGAAGAGGAUAAUAUCGAGUUCGUCUCUACCAACUGCGAAUUUUUCAACGACAAAGGAACUGAAAGCUGUUAAAAUUUUAAACAAUUCGGCUAAAAAAGAUCUGGGGAUUGUUAAGAAAAGCAGCACUUGUGUGCAGCCUGAAACGAAGAAAGCAAGACUAAGCAAUUCUUUGGUGGGUGCUUAUGGCUCGGGGAGCGACUCAGACUAAUUGUAAAUAAAUGUACAGAGAUGGUGAAAGUUGUAAAUAAAUAUUUCUAUUACAAUC